AACCACCGGUCCUGAACCGUGCCGAGUGCCUGCAAAAGAGAAGAAUGUGGUGGUCGGGCGUGUCCAUGAUACCUCUGAUGUCAAAGUCAGUAGAUAUUGAAUGUUGAAAAAAAAAAGAGAAAGAGCAGAGAGCGAGUUUAGAGUGAUUAACAUUCUUUUCGUACCCACACUUUCUUAUUUGUACCCAUUUCCCCUGACAAAUCUUUGGCUCCUCUAUCACUGUUAUGAUCACCUCCUUCUCCGGUCGGUGUGGCGUCGCAUUUAAUGUAGCCAUUCCUAUUAGUGACAUGGACUCGACCCUGGUGCCGGCCAGUUGCAUUUAAUGUGACCGAUCCUGUCAGGAGGUAGGAUCCUAAUCGAGCAUUCCCUCAUUAAUGCGCAGCGCUCGAUGGUACGAUGUGUGCUUCAAACAUUCCUGGGCCGGUUUGGACUUUUCCCAUCUAUUCCCUAGCCCAUCGAGUCACGGGCCACAGGUUACGGUGAAACGGAUAGGUUACGGCGAAAUGGAUUGGGCCUGGUCUGGCUGGGUGUGCAAUCGAUUCUGUUGUUCUACAUCUUAACGGCAACUUGGGGCACAUCCAGAGAUAGAUUCUCUUGUGUCUAUGAGUCAUGUGCUGAUCUCAUGUUUCGCCUAUAAAAGGUAUUCUUUAUAAAGCAUAAUGAACCCUUGUAAAUCUGCACCUCAAUAGAGUUCAUCAAGCUAGCUUCCCGGCCUGUCCAUUAAUUUCUCGAGCCCUGCCAAAGAAUGAAGGAACCAGUUCUUGAAGAAAUGGAGGGAGGAGGAGGAGAGAAGAAUGCAAGUGUGUUUUCUGGGUUUGGCCAGACUGAUGUUUUCGACCCAAGUGCGCCUCCUCCAUUUAAGAUAGCUGAGAUCCGAGCAGCCAUUCCCAAGCAUUGCUGGAUCAAGAGCUCGUGGAGAUCGCUGAGUUAUGUUCUAAGGGAUUUGUUGGUGAUCUUUGCAUUGGCUGCAGCUGCAAUCUACUUUAAUGCUGGGAUCUUUUGGCCAUUCUACUGGGUUGCUCAGGGAACAAUGUUCUGGGCUAUAUUUGUGCUUGGACAUGACUGUGGCCAUGGAAGCUUUUCUGACAAUUCAGUGUUGAAUAGUUUGGUGGGGCAUGUCAUGCAUUCUGCAAUUCUUGUACCCUACCAUGGAUGGAGAAUUAGCCAUAGAACUCACCACCAGAACCAUGGGAAUGUUGAGAAUGACGAGUCAUGGGUCCCGUUGACAGAGAAGUUAUACAAAAGCUUGGAUUAUAGUACCAAAAUGCUGAGAUUCACAGUGCCUUUUCCCCUGUUAGCAUACCCUUUUUAUCUGUGGACAAGAGGUCCAGGAAAGGAAGGUUCUCAUUUCAACCCAAAUAGCAAGUUAUUCGCCCCCAAUGAUAGGAAUGAUGUGAUUACUUCGACUGUCUGCUGGUCUAUAAUGGUUGCUCUGCUCAUCUCUCUAUCCUUUGCAAUUGGUCCAAUACAAAUGCUAAAGCUUUACUGUGUUCCUCACUUGAUUUUUGUGAUGUGGCUGGACUUUGUUACCUACUUACAUCACCAUGGCUAUGAGCAGAAACUUCCUUGGUACCGCGGAAAGGAAUGGAGUUAUCUAAGAGGAGGGCUCACAACUGUUGAUCGUGAUUAUGGAUGGAUUAAUAACAUCCACCAUGACAUUGGCACCCAUGUCAUACACCAUCUCUUCCCUCAAAUCCCACACUAUCAUCUGGUGGAAGCGACUGAGGCAGCUAAACCAGUGCUUGGAAAGUACUACCGGGAGCCAAAGAAAUCUGGACCUAUUCCAUUUCACUUGAUCCAGAAUCUAGCAAGAAGCAUUAAAGAAGAUCAUUAUGUCAGUGACAGUGGAGAGAUUGUCUACUAUCAGACUGACUCUGAGUUUUAUAAAUCUUCUAAGUACAAGUCUAACUGAUCCUGACCUUCUAAGCUUUAAGAGUAUGAUAAAAAGCCUCUGUUUGAUUCAGAAUACUCAGAUUCUUGUCUAUGACGGCUAGGCUAGGGGGACUUCAUGUUCUUUCUUUUUAAGACUAACCUCUUCCCUACAGGGGAAGAAGGAUUUAUUGUUAUGAUAAAUAUUCAUUGCUCUAA